CUUGUAACACUAAAUAUGUUUCAACUGUAGGCACACAUGGAUAGUAUGAUGUCAGAGAAUGUUAGUGCUUGUCAGUAUUUGAUGGGCGAGGAUCCUAAAAGCUGGUGCAGGGCCUUUUUUGACCACAAGAGCGCUUGUGAACACUUGAGUAACAACUUUUCUGAAAGUUUCAAUAACAUGAUAACCAACAUUAGGGAGAAACCUGUCUGCAAGCUAGUUUUGAUGUAUGGACAGCUAGUGAUGGGGCUGUUUUACAAGAGAAGAAAUGCUUGUGUUGGAUGGGAUUCUGGGGAUUUGGUUCCUACUGCCAAAAAAUUAUUGAAGAAGAUGUUUAAGAAAACAGGGGAAUAUAAGGUAGAAGGAGCGGUUGCUGGAAAGCUUUAUGAAGUCACAAGCAUACAUAAUACAAUAUUCACUGUUGACCUUGAGAAACAUACUUGCAGCUGCAUGCAAUGGCAGCUGAGGGGUUUCCCCUGUCAACACGCAGUCUGUGCUCUGCAGCAAAUCAGGCCCAAUUGGGUUGAGUAUUGUGCCAGAUACUACUCAGUGGAUAACUACAGGACCACCUAUUCCCCUGAUAUGGUGCCAUUGGAAGGGCCCGAGGACUGGGAUGAGCCAAGAACAAUUAUUGUUCCUCCAUUGCUCAUUAGGAAACCGGGCCGGCCUAGGAAGAACAGAAGGAAGGCCUAUAAUGAGACCCUAUCCGAGAAGAAAGUCAGGUGCUGCAGCAAAUGCAAGCUGCCUGGUCACAACAAGACAACUUGUCCUGGUGGUGCAAUUGGCUCUAAUACAAAGAGAAAUGGGUCUACAUCUGAAGAAGGCGGACUGGCAUUUCAAUCCCAAUCAUCAUCACAAGCUGGAAGUGCUGGUGGUUCUAUGCCUGCAACGAAGAAGCCAAGAAGAUUUACUUGAAACUAGUUUUGGCUAGGAUGUCUUUUGUUUUCUUUCAAGUGAGACCUAUAAAACUUCAUGCAUUUGCUCUGUUUAUUUGGUUAUGUUUUAGAUUAGCUUUUACUUUGUUUGGAUAUUAGCUAUCUUCCAUAGAUAUUGUUUUUGGAUGUUUUGAGUAUUGGAUAUUUGAUUCAAUGUUAUCAAUAAAUGGUAGUGUUAGUGUCGUUA